AUCCCGCUUUUUCCAAAUGAGUAAACAGACAUAAACAAAGCAAAAUAGCGGUUAAGCAGAUCCAGUUUCAUUUUAAGUCCCUUCGAUAGAGAAAGUUUGACCUUGCCCUUGCCAAGUUUAAGUAGAUUAAAUAUCAAUGAACCUGCCGCUCAGUGUUACAAGUUAAUAAUAUAAUGCUGACGUAGUUAAAAUCACACAGCAUUCAGUUCUUUUAUGUGUUGCCAAAUUAUCUCUUUGUGUUUGUGCAGGUUUUUGUUCUUGUCUUUCCCAUUUAAAAGUGUGCAUAUUGGAAGUAUUCCAAAUUAAAAUUAAGAAUUGGAUUGUAAACUAAAAUCGAAUCUACAAUGUCGAAGGAUACGGACGUGGAGCAACAGGCGACGAAGCCGGAAAGUGGAGUCGUCCAGGUGGCAGCAGCCAUUCCGGAGGAGUCCCCCACCACGGUGUCCACCACAACGACGGUGAUCACCGUCUCCAAUGGGGAAAAGCCAGUGGAGUUGACAAUAGCAACAACGGCAACACCUGUGGCACCUGCAACAGCAGAACAAGUGCAACCUGCAACAACCAUUGCUGGCAUUGAAUUGGCCACACCGACAGCAACAGCAACAGCAACAUCACCAACAUUAACCACAACAGGCAGCGGCAAAGCCAACAUGGAUCCGGCGCUGAUCAACUUCAAGGUUCUGUAUGUGCUGACCCAGCUGUGCGGCCUGACGAUGAUCGUCCUGGUGGGCACCUGGAUUGGCCAGCACUUUGGCGGACUCGGCGGCAGCUCCAAUCCCAAGCUGGAGUUCAACUGGCAUCCGCUGUUCAUGACCAUUGGGUUUAUCUAUCUGUAUGGCAACUCUAUACUGAUCUAUCGCGGUUUCCGCACCACGCGCAAGAAGACACUGAAGCUCACCCACGCUGGCAUCCAUAUGGCUGCCUUUAUUCUGACGGUGAUUGCCUUGAAGACCGUCUUCGAUUCGCACAAUUUGGCCAGUCCGCCCAUUCCCAAUCUGUAUUCGCUGCACUCUUGGCUGGGCUUGUCGGCGGUCAUUGUCUUCUCGCUGCAAUAUGUGGCCGGAUUUGUGGCCUUUUUGGCGCCGGGACUGAGGGAGAACUACAGGAUCGCCUUGAUGCCGCUGCACAUCUACUUCGGACUGUUCGGCUUCGUUCUGGCCAUCGCCAGUGCCCUGAUGGGACUCACCGAGAAGGCCAUCUUUGCCAUCACAAAUCCCCCGUAUUCCACGCUGCCCACUGCUGGUGUGCUGGCCAAUGUGAUUGGCGUACUGUAUGUGGUCUUUGGCGCUCUGGUUGUCUACCUGGCCACCGAACCCGCCUACAAACGAAAGCCCAUUCCCGAGGACACGGCUCUGCUGAGCUCCAGCUCCGGCAAUGAGUAAGGACCCCCAAAAUCAGCUGCAAUGCUUACUUAAGCUCAAAGAAAACUGUGCACAAAACCAAACGAAACCGAUGACCUGAUCACACGGAUGGUGCUUUUGUUGUUGACGAUGCCUGUAUUAUCUGUAGCAAGUACAUAACUUAAUGACUAUGUAUAAUUCCGGACUAUCCACAUACGUAUAUAUGGUCCACUGGGGUCAGCGUGUGCUCAAAUCGUAACGUAUUUAACCUCAUGAAGAACAUUUGCUUUGAACUGUACGAAUACAUCUCUAUCUAUGUGUGUGUUACAUGUAUGCUUAAAUAAAUAUAUAUUAAUACA